AUGGAUGACAGUCAUAAAUUGGGUUUUCUCGGUGCAACGUCCUAUGUUAUUGGCAACAUCAUCGGAUCUGGAAUAUUCAUUACACCCGCAUCGAUUCUCAGGUGUACGGACAGCGUCGGGUUGUCACUUAUCGUAUGGGUAGCAUGCGCCUUCAUCGCCAUACUCGGUGCACUGGUCUACAUCGAGCUAGGAACUUCGAUAAGAGAAGCCGGUUGCGAUUUUGCCUACAUUUGUUAUGUGAAAUGGUAUUCGAUCGCGUUCUCUUUUAUGUUCGUCUCAGUGCUGUUGACGUAUCCGGCCACAAUAGCCAUCAUAGCCGAGACUUUUGGGCAGUACCUGAUCGAAGGACUGAAACAGGUAUACGAAAUCGACGAAGAAUGGGCUCCAUUGGCUCAGAAGUUAUUCGGUUUCAGUCUUCUCAUGAUCGUUACAUGGAUAAAUUUCUUCAGUCUAAGCAAAUUCGCCGCGCGAUUUCAAAUUGUCGCGACUGCGGCGAAACUACUAUCCUGUUUUCUCAUCAUAGCCACUGGAUUCUACUACUAUUUCGUUAAAGGAUGGAAAUCCAAUUUACGUGACCCGAUGAAGGGAUCAAACUACAAAGUGGGAGACCUGAUACUCGGGUUUUACGGUGGCUUAUGGGCGUAUUCGGGAUGGGAUGUACUGAAUUACAGUGCAGGAGAAAUCGCGAAACCAAGAAGGAACAUUCCACUUGCCUUGCUUUCCGGAAUCGCCACAGUUACUGCGGUCUACGUUUCCGUGAACAUUGCCUAUUUUGUAGCCCUUGAUGUGGAAACAGUAAAAUCUUCAAAUGCCGUCGCUGCUCUGUUCAGCCAAGCGACUUUGGGCUCGUUCGCCAAUGUUAUUCCAUUUCUGAUUGGUGUGCUGCUAAUCGGAUCGCUCAACAGCAAUUUGUUCUCCGGCAGCAGAUACAUGUAUGCUGCGGCUCGUCAAGGACAUCUACCCACAUGCUUCAGCUGCGUCAACGUUGCAACGGAAUCGCCACGAGUUGCCGUUAUUGCUCAGUCAGCUCUGGCGAUGGCGAUUUCGUUCGUGGGUGACCUGGACGCGUUGAUCGGCUACGUGAUGUUCGGUUUCUGGGCACAGCGUGUGUUCACCCUCGUUGCCCUCCUCAUCAUUAGACACAAUCGCAUUCCUGUUCAUGCAGAAGCCGUACGCGUUCCGUUGUGGUGCAUCUACGCGUUCCUGGUAAUCACUGUCGCAUUGGUGGUGAUUCCGAUCUUUCAAGAGUUUUCCUCCACUUCUCUGGCCAUCGGAAUCUGCUUCAUCGGACUCUCGUUCUACUUCUUGUUCGUCUUUCCAACCAGGCUACCUCUCUGGUUACAUGUUUUGAAUGCAAUAUUCCUUUGUUGCAUCGUCUUCGACUGCAUUCCUGAUGUCAAGCCGGGUAUCGGCGUAGUAAUUCUAGCGCCAUCAGAUUCAUCACAAGCUCUGCUUCCCAAUAGGUGA